AUGGAGCAGGGGGAGGAGGACGGGGACUGGAUGAUGGAGCCGGCGGCGGGGAAGAAGGGCGGGGUGAUGAUCGACAGGAAGAAGCGCUUCAGCGAGGAGCAGAUCAAGUCGCUCGAGUCCAUGUUCGCCACGCAGACCAAGCUGGAGCCCCGCCAGAAGCUGCAGCUGGCCCGGGAGCUCGGCCUGCAGCCGCGCCAGGUCGCCAUCUGGUUCCAGAACAAGCGCGCGCGCUGGAAGUCCAAGCAGCUCGAGCGCCAGUACGCCGCGCUCCGCGACGACUACGACGCGCUCCUCUCCAGCUACGACCAGCUCAAGAAGGACAAGCAAGCGCUCGUCAACCAGCUGGAGAAGCUGGCGGAGAUGCUGCGGGAGCCGGGCGGGGCCAAGUGCGGAGAUAAUGCCGGCGCUGCCGCCAGGGACGACGUGCGCUUGGCCGUGGCCGGCAUGAGCAUGAAGGACGAGUUCGUGGACGCUGGCGGGGCCAGCAAGCUAUACUCGGCGUCCGAGGGCUGCGGCGGCAGCGGCAAGCUCUCGCUCUUCGGCGAGGACGACGACGACGCGGGCCUCUUCCUCCGGCCCUCGCUGCAGCUGCCAACCGCGCACGACGGCGGCUUCACGGCGUCGGGGCCGGCCGAGUACCAGCAGCAGUCGCCGUCGUCGUUCCCGUUCCACUCGAGCUGGCCGUCGUCCGCGGCGGAGCAGACCUGCAGCAGCUCCCAAUGGUGGGAGUUCGAGUCCCCGAGCGAGUAA